GUCCGCUGCGCUGCUUGGGUCGGCGCCGUUUCCAGUUGAGAGAUGGCGGCCGCCGCAGGUAGAUCGCUCCUGCUGCUGCUGUCCUCCCGGGGCGGCGGCGGGGGCGCCGGCGGCUGCGGGGCGCUGACUGCCGGCUGCUUCCCCGGGCUGAGCGUCAGCCGCCACCGGCAGCAGCAGCACCACCGGACGGUACACCAGAGGCUCUCUUCCUGGCAAAAUUUGGGAGCUGUGUAUUGCAGUACUGUUGUGCCCUCUGAUGAUGUGACAGUGGUUUACCAGAAUGGACUGCCUGUGAUAUCUGUGAGGCUGCCAUCCCGGCGCGAGCGCUGCCAGUUCACACUCAAGCCCAUCUCCGACUCUGUGGGUGUGUUUUUACGACAGCUGCAGGAAGAGGACCGGGGAAUUGACAGAGUUGCAGUCUACUCAUCAGAUGGGGUACGAGUUGCUGCUUCCACGGGAAUAGACCUCCUCCUCCUUGAUGACUUCAAGCUGGUCAUCAAUGACUUCACGUAUCAUGUGCGGCCACCAAAGAGAGACCUCCUAAGCCAUGAAAAUGCGGCCACACUGAAUGACGUGAAGACACUCGUCCAGCAGCUGUACACCACACUGUGCAUCGAGCAGCACCAGCUGAACAAGGAGAGGGAGCUCAUCGAGAGAUUAGAGGCGCUCAAAGAGCAGCUGGCUCCCCUGGAAAAGGUACGAAUUGAGAUUAGCAAAAAAGCUGAGAAGAGAACCACUUUGGUGCUAUGGGGUGGCCUUGCCUACAUGGCCACACAGUUUGGCAUUUUGGCCCGGCUUACCUGGUGGGAAUAUUCCUGGGACAUCAUGGAGCCCGUCACCUACUUCAUCACGUACGGAAGUGCCAUGGCGAUGUAUGCAUAUUUUGUAAUGACACGCCAGGAAUAUGUUUAUCCAGAAGCCAGAGACAGACAAUAUUUACUAUUUUUCCAUAAAGGAGCCAAAAAGUCACGUUUCGAUCUGGAGAAAUACAAUCAACUCAAGGAUGCAAUUGCUCAGGCAGAAAUGGACCUUAAACGACUGAGAGACCCGUUACAAGUACAUCUGCCCCUUCGACAAAUUGGGGAAAAAGAUUGAUUUGCAGAGUCUCGGGUUCCCGGCAGAAAGAGCCCGUUUCUAACUCUUGCCUUUUUAAUGAAAGCAUUGCAGGUGGAAGCGAGGGGCCAUGUCGGGGUAGAGAGUUUUUACCUUUAAUCAUAAAACAAAAACACAAAGGAUCUUGGGGGGGGAAAGGAAAUGUUAAAAUCUGAGGAUCAGGUAUUGUGGACUAUAAGCUCCAAGGGCUUAGUAAAAUAAUGUCUUAAUCAAGCAUCUCAGUUUCUGGAUGAAAGUGAUGCCGUUACACAAUUGAGAGAUUCAUAAAGAGAAAAUGCUGCUGGGGUGUGUAUUUCUUGCAUCUUUGCAGGGUCAGCAAAACAGUAACACACCAGCACCCUACUCUAAUUUUGUUUUUUAUUUAAGUUUUCUUAUUUUGACAUAGGAGUAAAUAAGUUAUCAGAAAUGCAAAUCCUUGUGGUACAUGGGUAGUAAACAGAGCCAGAGCCCGUAUCAUUAGCCUCC